AUGUCUCCUACUUGGCGCUACGUCGCCGUCGUCGCGGUAGCGGCCUUGGUGGGAGGAGGACCGGCCAGGCGCGGGUCGGCGGAGGCUGCGGCCGCGACAAGGAAGAGCGAGGAGGAGCGGCGGGCCGAGUACGAGAGGUUUGUGGACAAGAUGAUGGACUCGAUGCCCGCCGACGAGCUCGCGGAGGAGCUGGUGGGGGUUUUCCACCGCACCAUGGACUCGGAGAAGCGGGAGCGAAGGAGGCGAGAGCUGGAGAGGGAUUUCGACACAGACGACGAGGCUUUGCUCGAGAGGAUCGGUCGCUUGGUAGUACAGUGGGUCAACACCCGACUCACCCCGAGGACGGACGAAGAGUGCGACUGGAGCUGGGGUCGAUGGCGGUGUGAUCCCCAGUGCAGCUGCCAGUACAAGUACCGAUUCGGGGACUACGCGCCCGGACGAUCGUGCCGCCUGAGGCCGGAGGGGGAGAGGGAGCUGGCCACCUGCGACCCCGAGAGGGGCAACGACGUAUCCUUGCUGGAAAAGCUUGCCGCUUUCGUGGGCAAGGUGGGCAGGAGCACCUGGCGCUUCACCGCCGAGCACGUUGUGCCUCAGACCGACAAGGACUGCCGCUUCUCCCUGGCGCACUCCCUCGAGGAGAAGAAGCUCGUCUGCACCCCGAGGAGGCACUGUGCCUUCCACUACAAGUUCGGCGACGUCCACCCGGGGCGAUCGUGCCGCCUCCGAGACAAAUCCGGCACUAGCGUCGCAAGGAUCGGCGGAAACGGCAGAGCGGGCGAUGACGAUGGCGGAUACGGAGAGGACGGCGGAGAGAGGUGGUCCAUGUUUGACUGGGGAGACGGGAGCGGCGGCAGCAGCAACGACGAUUUCGACGACGAUUCUGACGGUGGCUGGCGGGAUAGGGGCAGCAGCAACGCUCCCACGGACUUGUAGAUUCUUACGCAGCCCCGCCUCCGCUCUUGUGCGCGCCAUGUUGCAAAAAAACGGGUGGGUCAAGGGUUGGGGUGCACGCAAGCCCACCCACCGUUUGUGCCCCGCAACGUCAGGAUCAUGAGGCCCUGCUGCUAUUUAGCCGACGACCCCCCCGCGCGCAGGCCGCAUGGUCGUGUUUUCCCGUACUCUCCUGCGAGCGGCUAAGUCAAGCGCGCCCGCCGCCACACGCCGGCGAGCUACAGUACCUGAUGAAUCGGAAAAAUGUGCGUUUUUGUACCAUAAAUUUAGUUUUUUGUGGGUUUGUUGAAGUUUUUUUUUUUUCAUGUGUAGGUUGUUUUGCCACCACGUGUUUGUUUUGUGUGCGUUUUGUGGUGAGUCUCGGUGUGUUUCUUGUCAUCAAAAUCGACCUAGCUAUGACUACCUGGCGAAUGAAUUGGUAGACGGUUGCGGGACGAAAAAACACGACUGCGUCAGUGCAGCGACCGUACGAGGGUAUUGCCUUUGGAGGAGAUGUAGACGGCAGCACCUUUGCACAUCUACCUCUGUCUCUGAGCAUCUCCAGCAAAAGCCAUGUGAGGAAAUUUUUGUUACGCUUGGUCUGUGCCACCCAGCCCCUGCAUGGCGAAGCUUCGAGCUUCGUGUAAUUUUAGUAUAGAAGGACGGGCUCGCCUCUGCUCUCCGUCUCUCUGCUCUUUGAAGGUGUGGCGUGUCCGUCCAUCGGUAGGGCGAGAAACGACAAGGUGGUGUUCGGAUUGGGUUGAGACCUCACAAGCGCGCGUCUUGCCUAUCAUCGUUACGGCGGAGUUGGUUUGCCCGAGGGGCUGUACAGUAGAAGCGCCUUUCCAUGCUCUUGUCGCGAUGGCCCGUGGUUUUGAAUUUGACCCGGCCAUGCGGUUCUUUCUUUCUGCCAAACCGGCCUUAUUGUGUGGUGCUCGUGACCCUACGAUACCCUUUCUUUUCGGUUUCGCCUCUUGCCCC